AUGGCGAGAAAGAGUAAGGGACGACAAAAGGUUGAGAUGGUGAAGAUGAAUAAUGAAAGCAAUCUCCAAGUCACUUUCUCCAAACGCCGAGCCGGACUUUUCAAGAAGGCAAGUGAAUUGAGCACUCUAUGUGGGGCUGAGAUUGCUAUUAUCGUCUUCUCACUCGGUCGAAAGGUCUUUUCUUUUGGUCAUCCUUGUGUCGAGACUGUGUUGGAACGUUUUGUUAGUGGUAAUCCACCACAAGCUACUUCUGGAACCAUGAAACUCAUUGAGGCUCAUCGGAACGCUAGCAUCCGUAAGCUCAACAUGCAGCUCACUCAGGCCUAUCUCGAUGAGCUGAAGAAGAAUGUGGCUAAGCAUGCUGAGAAGAUUGUGAUUCGUCUUCCUUUUGAUACAAAGCCUGCUGGAUUCAGUUCUAACAUUGUUCCAUUCAAAAAUCCGAACAUGAUGCCUCCACAGUAUCAUGGAUUUGGCCAAGGAUUCUUCUAA